CUUCAAUUAUGCUUCCCGUAGGAUGCCAUUAUAACCCUAAAGGGGACUGGACCUAUGGUUCAUUCUCCAUUCUCUAACUGAAAGAUUUAUCCUUGUGUCGCAUCGCUCCGAUCCGAUGACUGUCCAGUCCUGAUAAGAUAGACAUGUGGCACCGUCCUACACUUUAUAUUCUGGCAUUUCCCUCCACGGCAAUCUUCUUCUUCCUAAAAUUUAAUCACAGGAUCUAUCACACUUGAAUAUUCAAUUUGGACCAAAUGACAAUCAUGGAGGAACACACUCCCCGGGGGCCCCUCAUUGAACUCCCGAUCUUGGACAUCACGGAUCCCAACGACCCCGCCGUGGGGAAGGCAAUGCUAGACGCAGCCGCGAAAUAUGGCUUCCUCUACGUGAACAGCAAAGGGACUGAUUUCGCCGUCAGCGAUGUUGAGAGGGCUUUUGAAUUGUCCAAGCAAUUCUUCAAGUCCCCCGCGGAGGAAAAGGCAGCUUGUCGCAUUCAACCCAACAACUAUGGCUGGUCCGGGAUGCAUGUCGAAACCCUGGACCCAGAGCAUCAACGGACUGGUGACUUCAAAGAGGCAUUCAACUUUGGGGAAUUCAAAGAUGGAAAGGCGCCACAUCCGCUGCCCAAAUCACUCGCCUCGCACGAGGCAGAAAUAGCUCAUUUCGCAGAUCUCUGUAACAAAACCUGUAGUAGGAUCCUCAAACUACUGGCACUUGGGCUUGAGAUACCCGAUGACUUCUUCACGGCUCGCCAUGACCCCAGUCAAGGCUCGUCAGGCUGUAACCUGCGCUACCUCUAUUACCCUUCAAUCGCUUCCCCAGCAACCUCAUCCUACGAGCAUGGUACUGACGUUCGUGCGGGCGCUCAUUCCGACUACGGCAGCAUCACCCUUCUCUUCCAGCGCCCCGGCCAACCGGGUCUGGAGAUCCUGACCCCGGAAAAAACCUGGGCACCCGUCCCCGUCCAACCAGGGCAAUCUGCUCAGAAUGACCAGGAUUCCCCCUUCCCCUUCCCUCCGAUCUUGGUCAAUAUCGGCGAUCUGCUUAGCUACUGGACCGAUGGAUUGUUAAAGUCCACCGUCCACCGCGUCGUUUUCCCACUCUCUGAGCAGCAGAGUCCAAACCCACAGGACCGUUACAGUAUCGUCUACUUUUGCCAUCCUCUUGAUAAGACCGAGUUGGUUCCUGUGCCCAGUGACCUGGUAGCUGCUUAUCGACAGAAGUGCAAGGAGAAUGGAAUCCAUGAGGGUCAAGUUGGUUUCGGCGGCGGAGCUGGGAAUCUGGAGACCGGCAAACGAGCGCUGACGGCUCAAGAACACCUCGCAUCGCGGUUGGCUGCAACCUACAAAUUUUGAUUAAUGACAACUGUCACGUGGCUUCGAAACCACAUCACCAUGCCAUUUUACCUGCAGGUUAGUGGUACAUAUUGUGUUACCCAAUACCAGGCACAUGUAUGUAGAGACGUAUCCA